AUAUCAGCCACGGAAGCGCCAUUUUAACAACGAGGUUGUAGGAGAAGCUUGCAAACAAGCAACAAGCUAACAUUUGGGGUGUUUGAUGUGUCAGGGAUGGUCUUAGUCUGGGAGAUCUGGCGAUAUCAAAUGUAACUACUGUAAAUGAUUCGUUGGUAAUAUGAACAUAGCAGUAUUCCAAAUGUGCUGGAUAUCGAAGAUUUGAACACAAGAUGUCUAGAAAGCGACAUACAGAGGUGUCUUGGGAUAGUGAUGAUGACUUGCUGAGGGAUGAUACAUCAGCAAUCAGUGCUUUCCCAAAGAGUGAGAUCCCAGCUGACUCGGAUGAUGAACUAGAUGAAGAAUACCUACUUGGUAGUGAUGAUGAUAUUGAAUUCAACACUAAAAAAAUAUCCUCUAGCAAAAAGUCGUCCUCUGCAUCAAGCAGAUCUUCAAAAGUCAGCUCAAAGUCUGUGCCAUCAAAACAGAAAACUGUAUCCCAGAAGUCAAGUGCAAAAUCUGUGUCGGACACAAGUGUUCAAAAUGACAAACAAAGGCAAGGAAAUGCAGCUAGUUCCAAGUCAGCGACUAGUGUUAGUUCACCUGCAGUUGAGACAAAGAAACCAUUUAAAUUUACAAAAAUUGUACCCCCAUCUCCAGAUACAGAAAAGGAAAAACCCUCACAGGAGUAAAGCCACAAAUAAAUCUCAGUUUGUUGUGAAGCAAGAACCCGUGCCGAGGAACAGGUCGUUGUACAGCAAGAGCCUCUUGAGGAUCAGCCACCAGAACCUCCUGUUAAAUCUGAAAGACAAUCUCCACACAAGGAAUCAACCUCUAAGUCACAUUCACACAAGGACCAGCCCCAGAAACACAAAGCCAGUAGGGAAUCUGCCUCCAGGCAUGAUCCAUCACCGCCACAUGUAACAAUAAAGAAAGAGCCUAUUCCAGUUGUAGAAUUCACAUCCAGAAGUGACUUUGAAGAUGAAGAGGAAGAAGAAAUAGUGUUUGAUGACAUCUUGGAUCCUGCAGCAGACGCAGAACUUUUUGAUGAAACAAAUCAACAGUCCAAUCAGAUGGAGACAGACGCAGCAGAAGAGGAAGAGGAGGCUGAGGAGGAAGAAGAAGAGGAGGAGGAGGUUGAUGAAGAAGAAGAAAAUCAAGACAUUGCAGAAGAAGACACCACUCUGGAGAACUCCCAGGUGGAAGCUGUCGAGGAAGAGCAUGAAACGGAAAGUGAAAGUGAGAGUGACGAAUCAGAAUCUGGAAGAGGUCGCUUCAAGUCAGAAAGAGCUAAGAUAGUCACCACAACAACAGUAAAAGCCAAACCCAGAGACAUUGAUGCAAUACCAGACACAUUAGAGAUUUCAGAAGAGCAGCAAGCCCAGAUUGAUGAAUUCCUGGUUUCUGGUGGCAAGAGAGGACGUGGAAGAGGUCGGGGCCGUGGCAUUGGUGGACGGGGUGGACAUAUGGUACAGCCUGUGCGUUUUCCCCCUUAUCAAGGUCAAGGUCAAAGCUAUGGUCAGCAACAAAUGCCGCAAUACCAAGGACAAAUGUAUAACAUGCCACCCAACUUUCAAAGUCAAGGUCAAGGUCACAGGCCUCCAAACAUGGGACCAGGAUAUAUGAAUCAAGGUCAGAUGCAUCCAGGUCACAUGAGUUCACAAAGUAUGAACCAACCACAUCCAAGUCACGUCGUCUCCUCACAAAGUCACCCUAGUGGAGGUCUGUUACCUCAGAGUCAAGGUCCAUCAAAAUUGAGUAUUGGUGUGAGUGAGAGUCUACAAGGUCACACUCCACCUGUGCCUCUGACCUCCAAGUCUUCUGUACCUACGUUAUUCACACUAGCAGGGUUGGAUAAACCCAAGUCAGUGCAGCCACAACCCCGCAAGAUCCUCAUCAACCCUCAUUUCCGAGGUCCUGCUCAAUCCCAGCAGGACCGGCCCCCGUCGUCCAUUGGUACGGGCAUGCCUCACUCUGGACCACAGAUGCCUGGCCCAUACCAAGGACCCUCUAGUCAACCCCAGACCCACCAACACCCACAGGACCGAGCUUGGCCACCACAUUCCCAGCCUUCAGGCCCUCCUUAUCCUGUCCACAAUGCACCGCCCACAUCUCAGCCCAUGGGAGGCUUUCCCCAGCCAGCACAAGGGUUUCCUGGUGGACCUCGGCCCCAGCAAGGUUUUCCUCAGAGUAGUGGACCUCCUAACAUGUUUCCUGGUGGUCCUUCUGGCCCAAGGGGGCCUCCGCUGAACCACCCACAGAUGGGUAUGCAUCCUCCUGGGCACCCUCAACAACGUCCCCAGGGUCCAUUCCCAGGCCCUGUGGAUACCAGGUACGGAGCUCCUCCUCAGCAGAGGUUUCCAAAUCCAGGAGGCAUGAACCAGUUCAACAAUCUGCCCCGUCAACCUGGUCCUGGUGGACCUGGUAUCUUGGGUAAUUCACUUAUUCAGCACCCAAGAGGUAAUCAGUUUCCACCUCACAUGAACCAGCGUCCACCCCAUCAUGGCGGUCCAAGGGAACAGUUUCACCCAAACCAGAUGGGAAAUCCGGGUAACCAAGGAAACCGAGGUAACCAAGGUAACCAAGGUAACCAGCAGCGCUUCCAGCCUCCAAUGGCACCACAUCAGAUGAUGCGGAUGCAGAAUCACAUGCCUCAGUCAGGACAACACCAGCCUCGUCACCCAAUGCAGCAACAUCAGCCCAGACAACACCAUCCACAUCAACAGCAGCCUUCCAUGCAGAAUCAGAACCGACAGAACCAGUUCCAGCCUAGACAACAAUUCAGUGGCAACAAAAGAAACUUUAACCGGAUGGCUGAGGACAAUCAGCAGAUCCAGAGUAUCCAGGUGAUCAGUCGAGGGAAACGACAGUCAGUAGACAAGGACAAAGUGGACCAUUCACCCGCUAAAGUUGCCAAGUCUGAGGAGAUUGUUGACCCAGUUCUAAAGGCAAAGUUGGAAGAGCAGAAACGAAAACGAGAUCAUGUGAUUAAACAAAAGGAAGCCAGGAGACUGGCUUUAGCUGGUGUACGGAGGUCCCAGCUGGAAAAAAAGUUAGCAGAAGAAGGAAGGACCAUAGCUGACAUAGAAAAGGGUGUUGUUUCCAAUCCUGCUGCUAAGAACAAUAUGCCAGGCAAAGUGGUCAGGCAGAACAGUGCUGGCCAGCAAGGUCAAGGUCAAAACCAAGGGUCCGCAUUUUCAGCAACGGGCCCCUAAUAUGGGACAGCCGAGAUUUGGC